AUGGAUUACUACACUAAACUAUUGACGGAGAACUGGGACGAGUUUGAGGAAGAACAGGAUAGCUAUUUAGAAAAAGAAUAUGACGCACAGACACAUCUAUUUGAUACUAGAGAAGCACUCAUUGGAUGGGCUAAGAAAAUUGGAAAACAAAAUGGAAUUGUGAUUGUGAUCAAGAGUUCAGAAUCUGGGGGUCCUGGAAAAAGACCUAGAGUUCGUCUUUCUUGUGAACGUAGUGGAAAGUAUAGACCAUCCAAGAAGAAGGAAGAAAUAAUAGGAGAAUUAAAAAGGAAAUCCACAGGUUCAAAAAAGUGUGAUUAUCCGUUUGAAUUACUUGGUAUGAAAUUUGAGCAGUGGGAGUUGAAAGUUAUAUGUGGAGUGCACAAUCAUCCACUAGCAGUUCAAUUGGAGGGUCAUUCAUAUGCAAGGAGACUUACAGAAAAAGAGAAAGGAAUUUUGAAAACUAUGUCUAAGAAUCUGGUGAAACCUAGAAAUAUUUUGAUGAGUCUUAAGGCAGAUGAUGAGAAUAAUGUUACUACUAUCAAAACUAUAUAUAAUGCGCGUCAAAGAUAUAAACUUAUUGAGAAAUGUGGUAGAUCACAGAUGCAACAGUUGAUGAAGAAAUUAAGAGAAUGUAAUUAUGUGGAGUGGCACAGAACUGAUGGAUCAAAUUGUAUUGCAGACUUAUUUUGGGCGCAUCCGAUGUCUAUAGAUUUAUUAAAAAUAUUUCCACAUGUCUUGAUAAUGGAUUGUACAUACAAAACUAACAGAUAUAGAUAUCCACUUCUUGAGAUUGUUGGUGUGACAUCUACUGAGUUAACUUUUCCUGUUGCAUUUGUAUUUAUGAACCAUAAAUACGAGGAUAACUAUACAUGGGCUAUGGAGAGAUUAAAGAAUGUGAUGGGAUCUAAUGCAUGUCUUGGAGUAAUUGUGACUGAUAGAGAAUUAGCAUUGAUGAAUGCAAUAUAUAAAGUCUUUCCAAGUACCACAACCUUAUUAUGUAGAUGGCAUAUAUCUAAAAAUGUACUUGCUAAGUGUAAGAAAUUCUUUGAUAGAAAGGAGACAUGGGAGAAGUUCAUGUUACAAUGGAAUCUUCUUGUUUUUGCCUCUACUGAGAUUGAGUAUCAAAGUCUACUUUCUGACUUAAUGGUUGAGUAUCAUGCAUAUGAAGGAGCACUUGAUUAUGUGAGAAAUACAUGGCUGAAUGAUUACAAAGAAAAAUUUAUUGUAGCGUGGACAAAUAAAGUAUUACAUUUUGGCAAUGUUACUACUAACAGGGCUGAGAGCGCACAUGCGAAGCUGAAGAGAUAUCUGGGAUCAUCACAAGGUGACUUUGAAUCAUCAUGGAAAAUUAUCAAUUCUCUUAUUGAGUUACAACAUACUGAGAUAAAGGGGUCUUUUGAGAAGAGUUUAAUAUUGGUACAACACAAUUUCAGAUCAGAAAUUUUUAGAGAAUUGAGAGAAUUAAUGAUGGAGGGAAGACCAAUUCCUUUAUCAUUUGUGCACCCUUAUUGGACAAAAUUAGAUUUAGUGAAUACUGUUGAUGUGUCCUCAGUGUUAACAAUUGAUCCAGAGUUGGAAAGUCUUUAUAAUAUAUUUCAAUCAGAACCAGAAGGAGGUAAAAUCGUAUUAAAACAGAAGUUGCGAGAAUUAAUAGAUCCAGCUACGACUUCAUUGAUCCCACCAAGUGUGAAAGUUCGGACAAAAGGUAAGCCAUCAUCAAAAAAUAAAAUUCAAGUUGAUACAUUCACUCGACGUGAUCCAUCAUAUUUUGAAAUAGUACAGUCUAUUCAUGAUAGCAUAUCUCCAACAAUACAAAGCUCAGUUAAGACACUGAAUGAAGGUAAACUUUAUCGUACCAGUGUCAAACAGAGAUUGCUAGGCUAUGAUGCUUCAUUCCCAUCAAAAAUACGUCAUUUUAUACAUAAUAUUGUUAAUGUGGAGUCGGAUGGACAUUGUGGAUUUCGUGCUAUUGCUGCGUUACUUGGAAUGAGUGAGCACAACUGGAGGGAUAUUCGUAUGAAUCUGAUUGGAGAGUUGCAUACCUUUCGUGAUGAAUAUAUAGAGUUAUAUGGAUCUGCUAUGCGUGUAGAUAAGUUAAUGCACGCACUUUCUUGCUUUGAGUGUGUUGCACCUCCUCAACAUUGGAUGACUUUACCUGACAUGGGUCAUUUGAUUGCUUCAAAAUAUAAUGUUGUAUUAGUUCAUUUAUCUCAAAUGCAGUGUCUUACUUACCUUCUAUUGAGAUCAGCUGCACCUUCAGUUAUACAACAUAGAAUUAUUACUAUUGGAUUUGUGGAUGAUUGUCAUUUUGUACAGGUAUUUCUUAAAUCAGGUUCAUCAAUUCCUCCUGUUGCACGCAAUUGGCAUAAAUAUCGAUAUGAUAUUGCACGUGAAUGGGAAACACCAUAUAUAACUCGAAUUCAAGUAUUUAUGUCUCUUAUUAACAAAAAUGUUAUUACAAAAGAUGUUUUUGAUUUAACUGAUGAAUGA